AUGUUUCCCAUCGACCCAAGCAAGCUGCCCUCUUUGAGGACCAGGAAAGCACUCCUGGUGAUUGAUCCCCAGAACGACUUUCUCGACGACGAAGGUGCUCUGCCGAUACACCAGCCCUUGGACCUCCCCACACAGAUUGUCAACGCUGCACAGGCUUUCAGGGCUGACGGCGUCGACAUAAUCUGGGUACGAACCCAGUUCGACAAGACACGGUCUAUCCACAAUGAGAUGAUCUUGACCUCGGACCUGCCACUUGGCAAUGGCCCGGCUUCAUUGUCCAAGAGCCGCGGCUCGAGGACCGCGGCAUCAGGCGGUGGAGUCAUUGCUCCCAAAUGUCCAGAGGGUUUCCUCAGCUUGGGUCCGAGCAGCACUUCGUCAAAGGCUGUGAGGCAAGCGACCGCUGGCGUGGAAUUCCACCCGGCAAUCCAGGAGGCGGUCUCGCGAAGGGACCAGGUCUUGGUAAAGUCGUUUUACUCGGCCUUCAAGAACGACCAGAUACUUCGCCUGCUACGAAUGCGCUUCGUCACCGAGCUCUAUAUCUGUGGGUCCUUCACCAAUGUUGGUGUCAUGGCCACAGCAUACGAUGCCGCCAGCCACGGUUUCGCCAUCACCCUCGUCAAGGACUGCUGCGGGUACCGGAGUUCGAUCCGGCACAAUGCGGCCAUUAAGCAGAUAGUCGAACUGACCGGCUGUGAUGUCCUCGACCUGGAAGAGAUACCCCUGGGAACCACAGCAUCAGCUCCCCCCACAUCAAGUGCGACAAAGGCUCCGAGCAGCACCUCAACUUCAGCAAGCAGCACGUAUCCUACAAUAUACAAGCGGGCUGGCGACAAGCCGGAACCAGCAACCACCUCCUCUGCAGACCUGGCAGAUGCGUUAGAUUCAUUGUCAAUACGCGACAAGCCUGCCUCGAGAAGCGGGAGCCAUGCCUCUCCAAUCAAGUCAGGCACUGCAGCAAAAAAGACAGUGGUGGAAGCCGAGAAAAGCAAGAGCGAUGACAAGAACGAAGACACUCCAAAUGUUCCCGAAGACACUGACACGACGGACCCGACAUUGGAGAUCCAACGGAGCCUGCAAAACGUGGCACUUAAUUGUGAUGCGACCCCGAAUCUAGACGCUGUCGAUGGACAAGCAACACAACACGAUUCGACCGAAGCCUCGCCGGCGACUUCAUCGCAAGAGUCAAGAGUCAAGGAGAGUCUGCAAUCUGAAAGCAGCAAGGAAGCUUCAUGUAAAGCCUCGUCCUCAAGCAUGAAGACCCAAGGCGAAGCACUAGGCGAGGGUGACUCCCAGGUCAUCUUCAGCAUCCUGCCAGGCCCACUGGCUGAGAACAUAUUUCAGAAAAUCAAGGACGAGGUGCAAUGGCAGCGCAUGUCCCAUCAGGGCGGCGAGGUCCCGCGACUUGUUGCCGUCCAAGGCCACGUCGAAGCAGACGGGAGCAUGCCUGUCUAUAGGCACCCAUCUGACGAGUCUCCCCCCUUGCUGCCUUUCUCGCCAACGGUGACGGCGAUCAAGGAGGUCGUGGAGAAAGAGCUGGAUCACCCGCUCAACCACGCGCUGAUACAAUUCUACCGCCACGGAAACGACUACAUCUCCGAGCACAGCGACAAGACGCUCGACAUUGCCAAGGACAGCUUCAUCGCCAACGUCAGCCUAGGCGCCGAGCGAACCAUGAUCCUGCGCACUAAGAGGACGCCGAAACCCCGGGACGGCGAGGACGGCGAGGACGGCGGCCCGAAGAGCGUUGACACUACCCCAGUUGCCCAACCAGACGACCUCAAGAGGAAAAGUCAGCGUGCACCUCUGCCGCACAACUCCCUGAUGAGAAUGGGCCUGCAGACGAACAUGAAAUGGCUUCAUGGUAUCCGGCAGGACAAACGCCAAGAGCGUGAGAAGAGCGAGGAGGAGCUCGCCUACAACGGCAGCCGCAUCUCCCUGACGUUCCGAAGGAUAGGAACCUUCUUGGACGCCAAGCAAACGCUGAUCUGGGGCCAGGGCGCCACCGGGAAGACGAGAGAUGCCGCGCACGAGGUGAUCAACGGGCAGACGCCGCAGGCGGUCGAGAUGCUCCGCGCUUUCGGCAGGGAGAACCAGCUCAGCGAUUUCGACUGGGACGCCUUCUAUGGGAAGGGUUUCGACGUGCUACACAUCACGGCGUCGCCGCGCCUGUUCUUGUCUGCGGAUCCCGUGGCCAAUAUGCGCGUGCAGAUGAUGCUCGCUGAACUUGGAAUCGGGUAUGCCCGGGGCAGCAUGGCGCCUGCAGCUUCUUCGUCGACAACGGGCGUGUCCUCGCGAGAGGAGGCGUCGCAGGUCAGGUUCGUCGACACGGAUGUCAGCAGGUCGACCGUGCAGGGCGAGGUUGCUAUCAUGCUGUACUUGGAUAGGGUAUAUGGCAGUGCUUCUGUCACUGUUACGACCACGCCGGGUAAGCCCGGCCUCGAAGUUGACAUGGCAAAGGCGUACACGAGAUUUCAACAAGCCUUGAGUCUACGGGCCAACCUCGAAGCAAUACGCCACGAGGCAACGACAUCGCCGGUCCGAGAGACAAAGGCAACUUCUGGCAAAACGGACGACGACAAGCCGACAAAGCCUGUUAGCGAUGUGCUCGCUACUUGGGAGGUCUACGCGCUGGAAGCGGCCGAGGACGACACUUUUCUCGCGUCCAAGAAUUGCCUGACGCUCGCGGACUAUGCAUUCUGGCCCGUCCUGCACGAAGUUGUCGGUAAAACCGUCCUCUCUGUUCUUGAUGGCCUGCCGGGGCUCAAGGCGUACUACAACCGCGUUAAGGCGCGGGAGUCGAUGGCAAAGCUGUUGGCGAAGAACCCGGCGGCGUCGGGUGACAAGAAGGAGUGAAAUAACGCUCCGGGUUCAGGACGGUGGGGAUAUGUGGGAUGUUCUGUCCUCGUUGUUGGGUGAAUAUCUUUUGUUGUUCUUGGGCGUAUAUCUUGUUUACUUGUUCGAGAGCGAUCUCACGUAUGGGCGGCCGAGUCUUUUGGUUUUAAAGCGUUGCUCCUCGUGUUCUUGGAUAUGUGGGUUUUUGUAAAUGCAGAGAACAUGCUACCUUAUAUCUCGAUCCCGUCCCGGAAAAAGAAAAUGCAAAGUGAUGGACUGAAUGACACUUUGUUGACCUUGUCUUUCUUCCUUGGUUCAUUCCUUUCAGUUAAACAGGGAUAACUGACGUUUCCGAGAGAAGAGUGACUUUGGAGCUCAACCACCUCGCCGAUUGCAAGAUGUAAUACCGACCAAAACUUUUUGUAGUCAUGGGCAGUUUUAUGAGUAUCGAUUUGAUAACCCGCUCUUCUCUGUCUGGGCCCCUCCUUGCUUUGCGUGUUUUCUGU